GCCAAACAAUGGCAGAAGAUAGCAGCGCCACGUAAAUUUCCCGAAGUGUGCGAAUCGCAAUUCGGCAUCCGUCCUCAUGCAGCUGUUUGCGCACGUGGCCCUCACCUUACCAUGAUCCAAAGCCUUAGCUCAAGCUUAACGCCAAGUUCAGCUGUGCCUCAAGCGAUCUGUCUUCGUCCGUCAUUCAUCAGGUGUUCUUCUGCCUCCUCCUCAUCCUCGUCUUCUUCUUCUUCGUCCUCUUCUGCUAAAUUUUCACUUUCAACGUCUUCAACAUCCCGACCAACCAGCACCACCACCACUCGUCAUCUGUAUCGUCGUUGCCAUUUCUGUACGACGACUACAUUUUAUCUGAUUGUGCUGAUCGCUCUGCUACCACGACCACCAAUCAGUAGUGCACUGAAAGCAGCGCUUAGCAAUCCGACUCGAAAUCGUUUCACGGACGCUGAAAUUGAUUUAAUUCGAAGGAGUUUCUUGAGAAAGUUAGUUAGUUAG